AAUGCAAAGACGACUCGAAAGUGGGUGUUACAUUGUGGCUUCCUCGGGUGACGUAAUUGCUCUCACAUAGAUGGAGAAACUCGCCAAAAGUCCGGGAGCAAGAUUGGAGCAAUUCCGCGCGGAGACUUGGGAAUGAAUUCUCUGUCCAAGAGAUAUUCAGCCUUCGAUAGACGGACUGUGAAACGAUGUAUCCUUUCAUCAGCAUUGGUCAACUCAAGACACAAAGAGUGACUCUUCAGCACCUUUCUGUUUGUUACCGAGGAAAAUCUAAUUCCUAUUCGGUAGACAUGGACGACACAUUCGCUUGCGAUUCUCACGUCGCUUUGAUUGCUUUCACGUCACUUUUUCCACCAAACCUGACAAGAUAAAUCAAGAUGCAAGAUGCAAGAUUCCGCUUGUCUUCAAGUCGAAGUCGCUUCGUGGCAUUAGCACCUAGUGCUUCAGAUUCUGAUUACUCAAGCUGUGUUUCGUACUCUCCAUAUGUCGGCUCUAAUUCCUUACAGCAUCUUUAUUCUCGAAACCACAACUUCACCGCUUCUGAAGAGAAUUCCUUGAAUGUCCUCCCUUCCUAGACCCGAAAUCAUUUUGGAACCAGCCAAAGUAAUAUUCGAUAAUGUCGGUCUAGUAAGACAGAGGUACAUCAUACGCCCUUUAGGAAUUUUGCCGAUUUGCGUGUAAACAUCUGGAACUAUCAACAUUCGAGAGACUUUGCCAUUAGAAAAGACCUACAACUGAUCGCAAUACUCUGGGUAGCAUCAUUCCUCAUAGUUUCUGUCACGGCGGGAAGACAGAAAUCACGCUUGAAGCAAGCCACGAUCUGAAUUCCGACAAUCUAUCGACUGCGGUACAAAAUCGCUUCCAAAGUUUCAGAUCCGGCGACUCUGAUCUGCUGUAGUGAGAAUCGACGACUUCAUAAGGACGAUUGGGCAUGCGUUUCUGAAUGCCAAGAGUUGCAUCGAACCGUUACGAGCACUCGGUAGUCUCGGAGCUCGAAAGGAAAGCAGCGCAGAUUUCACGCUGAGCAGAAUUGGUCGAAACUCGAGGACAUGAUCGACGCGAAUUACGUCUUCUUGGAGACCGAGUAGAAUUUGAAACGCUUGGAACUCGAACUUUGAAAUUUGAAAUUUUGAAAUUUGAAUAGCUUGGAACUGCAGUGGUCACAAUAUGACCGAUGUAGCGGGCCGCCAAAUUGCGGCAGACGACCAUGCUGCCCCACCUUCCAGUUCCAGUUCCGGUCCCGGUUCGUCAGCUUAUGUACCAUUCGUCUUGAAAUUAACACUAUCGGGCCACCGCAAUGCAAUUUCGAGCGUGAAAUUCUCUCCGGACAGACAGUGGAUCGGAAGCUCGUCUGCCGACAAAACUGUAAUAGUCUGGCGUAUAAGCUCGGGCACGGUGGAAGGAAAACUGGAAGAACACGAGGACGGAAUCAAUGACUUCGAUUGGUCUCCGAACAUGAGCUUCAUCGUCACCGCCUCCGACGACAGAACUCUUCGAAUCUGGAGCUUGAGGACAUGGACAUGCGUGAGGAUCUUGAGAGGGCACACGAGCAUCGUCUUCUGCUGCAACUUCCGACCCGAUUCCAAGAGAAUCGUGUCCGGAUCGUUCGACGAGACGGUCAGGAUCUGGAACACGACCACGGGGGUAGAAAAAAAAACGAUAAUGGCGCACUUUGCCCCCGUCACCGCAGUGUGCUUCAACCCGAAUGGCCGCCUCGUCGUGUCCACCAGCUUCGACGGAAUGUGCCGAAUUUGGGACGCCAAAUCUGGCAACUUAUUGAAAACCGUCCUCGAAAACAAGGACCUGCCUGUCUCGUUCGCCAGAUUCAUUCCGGGCGGAAAGCUGAUUCUGAUCGCCACUCACGACAGCAUUCUGAGGUGUUAUCUGACGCAGACGGGCGAGCUGUACAAAACCUACAAGGGCCACACCAACCAGAAAUACUGCAUGUUCUCGCAGGAGAUGGCGGACCAGUACAUCGUCAGCGGCUCCGAGGACAACUACAUCUACAUCUGGGACUGCAUUAGCGAGCACAUUCUGCAGAAGUUCGAGGCGCACAAGCGCUCGGAGGACCCCGUGAUCGCCGUCGCCUGCCAGGUCGACGGCAAGUGCCGCAUGAUCGCCUCCGGCGGCCAUCUCGAAGACAAGACCGUCAAGUUGUGGGUGCAAGAACGCCAGGAACCGGCCGGCCCCAAGCUGUGACCGGCAACCAACCGGUGACAUGUGAUUUAGAGAUUCUAGCUGGCUGCUCAUGAAGCGGAACCAUAAUUCGCGUUUAGUGCUUACUUCACAACUAACUUAAUAACAAAGUUAACAGAGUUAACAAAUCAACAAAGUGCUUACUGGUCUUUCUUCGCAUGAAAGAUGUGGAAUUAGGAUUCUAUUGGAAAUGCUGACAGAAAUCGAACUCACACAGCGGAUCUAGGAUACACGACCUCAUUCAGAACUCGGACCAGAGAUUAAACAGAUUUUUGUAGCCAACUCUAUUUUGCACCUUCUGACCAUGGAAUGAGCCGUGGGGAGGUGUUUUAAACACCUCCCCAUGCCUCCCAUGCCUCGUCACUAAGGGCUCCCCACUUUCGGGUGAACGCGAUGUCUGCCCGGGAGGGCUUUCUGCCCGCCCGGGCCCGCAGCCCGACCUCCCGCUUUAGCUCGCCCGGCUCUCGCUCGCUCACCAAGGGCUCUCCCUCGCGGCCUCCCCUCACACAGGGGAGGAGAAAUGGAGGUGCAUGUUUGGGGCUCCCCUCUUCUUCAUCCAGAUAAAACAAUUAUCAGGAAUAAACCUCUGAUCCUAGUUUAAGUUAAUGAUAACUUAUCAUUAAACUCGACACAUGGUUUUUUCGCACGAUGGCUGCUCAUAACCUCAUACGUCUAUCGUCUCGAAAAUGCCAUGUACGAUACACGGAGCAUACAUCAUCCAAGUACCAGGAUUUUCACGGAAGGGGAUAUGAGUUUCACGUUGAUAAAUCACUAAACCCUGCACUACUCGGUCCAACAAUGCCAUGCCAACAACGCUUUUCGUUGUUUGCUAGAUUCAUCGAUUUCCCGAUACAUCAUAAUGAUAUGAAAAGUGAAAUGUCGUAUCCACUUAGAUGAAUAUGAUUAUGCAGGCCUACUAUGUGACUAAACACGAUCACUAUAAUUAAGUGCCAUAAUAUAGAAUUUUCUUCACUUCUUUCCCUUCAUCUUCCACGGGAUGUACUUCUAGAAGAACUGAAGUUUCUCCUCGGACUGGAAAAUGAAUGAGAAGUGUACCGAACGUGCCGAUCAUUACAUCCUCCUUGCAAAGCCGGCUCAUAUUCCUGAAAGAAAAAAAUCCAAGUCUUUUCUUUUCCAAAGCACUCUUUGGUUAACAAUUUGACACUCACUAAUUCAUUCAGUGUAAUUAAACAGGUUAAUAUAUGGUGCAGGGAGACCCUCGCCACUCAGGGCUCCCCAGACCCUAAACCCAGGAGCGUGGCGGCCCUCCCCGGGAGGUCGGGCUGCGGGCCCGGGCGGCAGACCUCGCAUUCCCCCGAAAGUGGGGAGCCCUUAGUGACGAGCCU